AUGGCCGGAGAGGCGCCGCACGCUUUUCCUCCUCCAACAGGAAGCAACAUUUGCAGCUUGUAUGGGUCUGAGGGGGGGUUUUUGAAGUUAUCCCUAGAAAUAAAGAACACCGAAGAAGGCGAAAUUUGUAUCGAUUUGGAAAAGGUUCUAUUUCUAAUUGUUUGCAUUCUUUUUUUCCUGAAAAGAUGUUCGACUAAGAAACACACAAUAAUAAGGCAUAGUCCUCCUAAGUUGGCCGUUCCCAAAUUUGUGAAGCCGCAACAAAUUGCGGCGAGUAGAGCUGCGUCUCUGAAGUUAGCAGUCAGGCGUGAAUCAUUCAGAAAAGCCGAACACGGCGUCGGCGAGGAAGACGGCGUGAUCAUUGUCGACCACGGAUCUCGCCGGCAGCAAUCUAAUCUUAUGUUGAAUGAGUUCGUUGCGAUGUUUAAAGCCAGAACCGGUUAUCGAAUAGUCGAGCCUGCUCAUAUGGAAUUGGCCGAACCAUCCAUUAGCGACGCGUUCAGGUCGUGCGUGCAACAAGGCGCAAACAGGGUUAUCCUUAGUCCCUUUUUUCUCUUACCUGGACGGCAUUGGCAACAGGAUAUUCCCUCUUUAGCAGCACAAGCAUCCAAGGAGCACUCAGGAAUAUCCUAUGUUGUCUCAGCACCUCUUGGUUUGCAUGAUCUUUUGGUGGACGUUAUGAAUGAUCGAAUAAAGCAUUGUCUGAGCCAUGUAGCUGGUGAUGCGGAUGAGUGCAGUGUAUGUGCCGGAACAGGAAGAUGCCAUUUAUACUAAUUGCCGACUAUGUAGUAGUUAGCUAUUGUGACCAAUUUAAAUUAUGAGUUUUAUCAUAUAUGUAAAGAAGUUUUGAAGUUCAUUAUGCUUUUUUUGAGAGGGAGCUCUGUAUUACAAUCCUAUUUUGUGGCAUCUUUCAGUAGAGAGUUUUAACUCUGUACCGGAUUUCUUUCAAUGUGAUCCUCUUUUGCUACAUGUUUAGAUGGAUAGGGUUUUGUUAGAACUGUUCUUGGAUCGGCUUCCACAUGGUAUUGUGCAUAUUAACUUCACAUAUUUUUGAAGCAUUUCCAGGGAAUA